AGGAAUUCGCGGAGAGGAGGAUCGAGGAGGGGGAGGAGGAGGGGAAGAAGGAGGAGUUCAUCCUCCUAAAUCAGGUCGCACUGCCCCGGGAGAGAUAAAAACCCCAGCACCCCGCCACCGGGAGGUGGUACAACGAGGUUCUCCUGACAGUUUUGGAACCAGAGAGGAGAGAAAUGCAUUCCCUCGUUUUCUUCCUUUCGUUGCUUCCGCUGACCUCGAGAGCAGGUCAUUGGUGCUAUGACUCCCAAGACGUGCAUUGUGGACCCAGUAAUUGGCAGACUCAGUUCGAAACAUGUGGAAAGAAGAAACAGUCUCCAAUUAACAUUGUAACCGGGAAAGCUAAGCUCAAUUCUUCUUUGUGUCCCUUUAACUUUGAAGGCUAUGAUGAUGAUAUGGAAUGCACUAUUAGAAAUAAUGGGCACUCAGUUCAGGUGGAUUUAGCAGGAGACAUCAGUAUUAGUGGUGGAGGUCUUCCUGGCACAUUCAAGGCGCUUCAGUUCCACUAUCACUGGGGAACGACAACUCUCCCUGGGUCAGAACAUACUAUAAAUAGGCUGCAGUACCCCAUGGAGUUACAUAUAGUCCACAUGAAUGUAAAGUACCUGUCGCCGCAAGAAGCUUUAAAACAUUCAGAUGGUCUGGCUGUGCUGGGAUUUAUGAUUAUUGAGUCAGCAGAAGCUAGUGAUGGAAGCAAAGAUGUGAUCGAAGCUCUGAACAACGUGCAACAUAAUGGCACUACAUUCAAGCUGAAACGAUUUUCAUUGAAAAAUAUGAUUCCCGAUCAAGAAAAGCUUAAAAAAUAUUACCGUUAUCAAGGCUCAUUAACGACUCCACCUUGUAGUGAAGCAGUGAUUUGGACGAUGUUUGCAGAACCCAUUCAGUGGAGCAAUGAUCAGAUCAAUGCAUUUCCUGAAAAAAUCUUCUUCAAUGGCUCUGAAUACAUGGUUAAAAACUUCAGGACGGUUCAAAACCCAAAUGGUCGCAUGGUCUAUGUUUCAAAUUCAGCUGUUGGGUCCUUUCAUGUUGCGCUGCUGUGGUCUGUACCUGUGGUCUGGGCAUCUGUAUUAUUAAACUGACUAACUUAAAGAUUCGAUUCAUAUGGAGUUUCCUCUCCUGCCUCAUGGAUUUAGAAGGAAAUCCCAGUAACCAAAUUUAACAAACUCCACAGAUUAACCCCAAGCAACAUUUACCUUGCUGUUAGAAGGUUCCCUAAGGGAAAAUGAGUAAGAUGGUCUAUCCUCUUGUCAUUUUACCUCUACCAGCACAGUUCCAUGAUAGGAGGUACUCAUAGACUUGCUUAUUAUUUUCAGAGAGUGUGCAGGGUGGUAUAUUGGGGGCUGUUUAAUCAAAAAACCUUGUUAAAACAUGUUUGACUUCAAUCAACUGAUGCCUUUCUAAGCCAGGCAAAACAAGAAGGCACUUUAAGUUGUGAUAAGUUAAAUACUUGCAAAAGUAAGUAAAACAAAGCAUUUGAACACCUACUGUACGUUUUACUUCUUCGAAGUCUGUAAAAGAGGAGCCGGUGAUUUUGUUCAGUUUCAGAAAUAGCAACUGUUUGUACAAUUGUCACAAGUCGCUUUCACCCUUUCAUUGAUGAAGCUAGUACAGCUUCAUAAGGGAAGACAUUGAAAGUAAUGAGGGCUAUGGAUUGUGGGACGGUGGUAGUGAAGAAGGUUUUUUUAACUGUUUCGGAAAGAUGUUAGGGUGACUUUAAUUCAGGAAGUGGCAAAGUUUGACCCUGGGGAAAACUAAAAAGAGUUAUGUCAAUUGUAUGGAGACCAGAAAGUCUGAGAUUGAGUAAUAGAGUGGAGGAGAGUAACUUUCUCCUGUAUGCGCUGAUCCGGAAUAUAGUAGUCGGAAGCAGAGGGUACUACUUAUAUACUUGAAAAGAUAAAAAUAUUCAGGGCGAUAAGGAUCAAGGCUAACUGGAGAUUUAGUUCAAAGAUCCAAUGCGUUCAAAAUGGCUUCCUUCCAUGCUGAAAGAUUCCACUAGUUCAGGUCAGAAUUCUUAAGAAAUUUGGAAAUGCAAGAGUGCAGAACCUGGAAUUUGGAGCAAAGCAGGUAAGGUAACUGGAAGAAUUCAGUGGACUGAGCAACAUAGGUGUGAGCACAGAGGCUGUAGUUCUGUACCUGGUCUAAGAUUGCUGAGGAAAGAUGGCCAGAGUAUAGAAGUAAGAGCAAGAGUAGAGGCAGAGGCUGGUACUUGAUGGGUGGACACAGAUAAGGGAGGAUUUGUAGGUACACAGAACCAUAUAGGAGAGGGGAGAGGACAGCACAGGAGUCAAGGGAGAAGAAACCCUGUUGAAUAGGUUUGUGGGUGAUGGGGCAGAUGGAACCUAUCCACCAGGGUUUCUUCUCGAUUGGUUCACCUUCGUUAUUCUCUCCCCGUCUCUUACCUGGUUCCAUCCAUUACGUCUUGGUGCUCCCUUCCUCCUCCCCAUCCAGUUUCAUCUGCCUAAUUGUCCUCCACCAAUUGCCCACCCAGCUUUGCCUCGCCCCUUGCUCUUGCUCCUUUAUACUGGCUCUCUUCCAUUAAAACUCUCAUUCUGGAAAUAUCGAGCAUCCCUUUGCCUUUACAACUGAUGCAAAACCCGCUCAGUUCUCCCAGCAGUUUAGUUAUUUUAUUUCCAAGGAAUUUUUCUGGAAAACUGAGACUAAACUCUUUGUGGGGUUCUGAAGGGCCAGUGUGAUUACUCUUUGCCAAAACAAAAAAAUCUUGAGUGAUUCUAUAAUAUUCUCACUUGAUUUUUCUCACUUGAUUUUACUCAGUAGGAAAUCUUCUGCUGCAUCCCCACUCAGAGCUGAACUAAAAUUCAAGCCAGAAUCUGCCAUUGACAUUAGACAUGCAUUCAAAACUGAUCCUUAUGAAGGAGACUACUGGCUUGAGAAAGUCAGACCCAUAUAAGUUUGAAACUGAUUACAAUAUAUUGAGAUGGAAUUGGCUAUGUUGGGUUUUUUCAAUCUCAUUAAAUCAUAAGUAGAUUAAUUUUAAAAUUCAAAGCACUAAUAUAAUAAAUAUAUUUUAGAAAUGCCUGCCUUAAGUUUCCUUCUAAAAUAGAUUUUUGUUUCUGGAAUUGCUUCACUUUGCUAAAUGUUUUAAUGUGAUAGAUUAAUUUUGUUUUUAAUGGAAUUGGUGGUAAGUUUUUCAUAGUGGGCAUCAGGUAUAGACUUGGAACUGAAGAAAUUCAAACUGAACAAAUUGGAAUUGCUUUAAUUUUUCAUCUAUUUUUCUACUCUCGAAACUACUGUUUAAGAACUGACGGUUAACCAAUAACACGUGUAAUUAAAAAUGUAUCCAGUUUAAAUUUUGUCAGCAUUAACUUUAAAUAAAAAUGUAACUGCACUGGUGAGAAGUAUUGUCAGUAGAGGUGUCCCAAAAAUGUAUCAUUACACCAGCAAUUACCCUUUUGGAAAACUAUUCCAUUCUUCAAUCAUGUUUAAUGCAAUUCUUCCAACUAAGACAAAUUCAUUUGUAACCUUAAUAAUAGAGUCUGUAAAAGAGGAAAUAAAAUUUUAUACUAGAAAUGAUUUCUUCCACUUAUUUAAAAAUAAUUAGAAAUAUUUGUUCACAUAACCUUUUGAAAAUGUUGUAGGCUGUCACUUGUAGGCUUGUUAAAUGUGCGGUCUCCCAUUGUUGACUGAUACAUGAUAUUUUUUCUUGAACAGUCAUUUUCAUUGUUUUAGCCCAGAACGACGCGGUAUUUUUUGUUGGUAAAAUCAGAGAGGAAGUCUUUUACAUGACCCAGGUCAUGUUUAACUCUGUACAGCCUUUGUACUCACACCAGGAUCUGAGUUUGAAUUUCGAGAAAUGUUCUGAGUGACUAACAGGAUUGUCUCUGGAUAUUGUUUGUUCACCAGUGCUGAGAUACUUUACCUCAUUGCAGUUACUGAUUGAACAUCAUUUAUAAAGUUCUGAGAACCAUGAGCAAUGAGAUUUGGCAGGGAAUAAUCUUCAAAAUAGAAGAGAAAUGAUACUGGUCUAUAGUAAGCAGGUAGAUGAGUUAAUAGCAGUUGUAUUGCGUUUAGUUAGUACUGUCCUCAUUAAGUUCAAAAUUCUUUAAUGUGAAAGAGGUUGGCCUGUAAUAUAUAUGCCUAUGUAUUUAUCCUUUGUGCUCAGGAAACUGGCUUUCCUGAAAUAUAUAAUGCUUGCAUAUAACAUAUACAUUGACUUGUGUGAUAAUAAUUGGCAAUUUAGUUAAUUUCAAGCACAGAGGUUCUCUGAAUGUAGAUACAGAAGGAAUUUCUUUUCAUGCGGUAUAGAAUGAUACAAUUUCAAUUGUACCGGAAUCACGUCAAGAAUAGAAGAACAUUGUUGACAAAAAAAGUUAUGGGCUCAAGUAAGAAGGAAAAAAUAAUCCAUCCAGUUCUGUUCUUGUCUGGCGAGAGUGGCUGAGUCCAAAGCAGUUGAUUUUUUUCCCCAUGUGCUUUCUGUCUAAGUGUACUGUUGCAAACUAACACCAGAACAACACCUUUCUGAACAAGUAUAGUUGAUUUCCUUUUUUUUUACCUGUAUUGGAGCAAUAUAUUUUUGUUAGAAAUUAAUGUUUGAAUAAGAAUUAUAAAAUAGUCAAUGUUUUCAAAUUGUACUGUAUAUUACUGGGAAGUUAUGGCAAAUAAAUGUGGAUCCUGUAUAAACUGUAUGCAAUAAAGAACUCCUGUAAUAUUUCUG